UUGUUUGCUGUUUAACAAUGAAGUGCCGGGUAUAAGCUUGAAAAAUAAUUUUACAUAGCCCACUGCAAUAAAUAAAAGCCUUUAUGUAUGAGCCGAGACAUGGGGAUUUGAAACUAGAGGUAUUAAACAGCUGAACCCCCCAUUGUCUUCCGUGAUUAAUUGAUAGUUUCCUAGGAAUGUUUUAUUUGUAACUUCAUCCCAUUAAGAACUUCGUUCAGAGAGUGAUUCCAGUUUCAGCCAACCAGGAGGCUCCGUUCCCAUCGAGCCAAUCGGGACAUGCUGUCUCACGCCGUCUCCUGAUUGGCUCGCUGUAAGCGGAGCUUCCCCAUUGGCUGUGACGGAUCUGCUGCGCGGAUCUUAGAGUUGAAAGGCUGAGAGAGGCUCUCAUCACGUCGCAGUGACAGAUCAGGUAGAGUAAAUGUCGCUCACUGAUGUUUAUGUGAAGGUGGCCUGAUUUCCCCGGGAGCAGCUCUGGGUUCUAGUCUUAUAUUGAUUCUUGGAUAUCCACUCAUCCUGUUUUGGUCUACAUUGUUUAGCAUCUAUUUAUACGCGUCCUGAAAAUGACGGAUCUCUCGAGCACUGAGUUUGAAAUCGACGUCGAGGGCCUGGAGACGGAGAGCGACGAUCAGGCGGUGUUCAGCGGCACCGGGGAGGACGACGCGGGCACCAAGGACGACGAGAAAGCCAGCCGCUUAAACCUCGGCUCUGGGGACCAGCGCAAACUGAGCCGCACUCCGAAAUGCGCCCGCUGCAGGAACCACGGCGUGGUGUCGUGUCUGAAGGGGCACAAGAGAUUCUGCCGGUGGAGAGACUGCCAGUGCGCGAACUGCCUGCUGGUGGUGGAGAGACAGCGCGUAAUGGCUGCUCAAGUGGCACUGCGGAGACAGCAAGCGACCGAGGACAAAAAGGGAAUAUCCGGGAAGCAGAUACCGGUGGAAAGACGAAGUAUAUAUCAGCGACACAUCCGCCCAUCGACCAUGCUGGCGAAAAGUAUCUUAGAAGGAUAUCGUCCAGUGCAGAAUGACCCGUUUCUGGGUGCCAGUCCCGCUCUGCCCCCUCCUCUGAGCGACCGCAUGAGGAAGAGACGAGCCUUUGCCGACAAAGAGCUGGAGACCAUCAUGCUGGAACGAGAGUAUAAAGAACGAGAGCUUCUCGAGUCCAGCCAGCCCAGCUCUGCCUCGCUCUACCUCCCUGGCAGUAUGGUCCAUGCCGCUGAGUUUAACUCCUACAAGACGGCCUUCUCAUCCUCCUCGGCCUCUUCCUCGGUCGAACCUUCUCCCAAAGAUCUCUGUGGUUUUCUUCCGGGCUGUCUGGAUCUCUCCAUGCAGUAUGCUGCCACAGGUGGGACGACGGCUAACGUGGAGCUCAUCUCCUCCAACGUGAGCGUCGCGACCACCUACCGCCAAUACCCGCUCUCUCCGCGCUUCGUGAUGUGGCCGCGAGGAAGCAGCGGUAUCAGCGAUGCCCUCUUAUACCAGCAGUGCCUCCUGAACGCCACUGCAGUCCAGAACUUGAAACCCGGAGCUGUUUGGGAUCCCAAGAUGAUGACCUCCACCGAGAGCCACCCGCCCGAGCAGGAGCCGGCCGCUUCCAGGCUCGAGGGCUCUCGAGUGGCUCCAGAGCCGUGCGACCUCCAGCCGGGGCCCAGAGAGGCUCAGACAGGACUCGGCCAAAGCGGAAACGCCCGUUCAGCCUUCUCGCCUCCUAAGAGGGCGUACGGACAAGCUUUCCCGCCGCACGCGGGGAGCCACGAUCACGUGAUCAGCAGCAUGAGCAAAGACACUGCCAAGCACACGCUGUCCAUGAAGCUCAACUCCUUCCAUUCUCUCAUACAGCAGACUCUCAAUGACAAGAAUCCAGAGAUGAGCGGGCCGUACUGUAAGGAGCUGCUGGAGGAAGCGGCGAAAAAGUUCAGGGAGGGUACUGCCAAAGACGCGGGGGCGCUCAAAAGCUCAGAAAGAGCGGGAAAGGACCUUGUAGCAAAGCCGAGGAGCACUAAGGUCACCGCAGGAGAGUCUCUGUCGUUCUCAGUGGAGGCCAUAUUAAAAAGACCCGCACUUUCUUUAAAUCGGACAUCCCAGUAAGGCUUCCCGUGAGAAAAAAAAAAGAAACGACAACAAAAAAUCCUGCAAAAUGACUAAAAGUACUUGCCUAUUUUGUACUCACUGUAUAUUUAUUCACACACGCAUACAUAUAUUUGAUUUUUUUUUUUUUGUAUAAAAAUGUACAUACCGUUUCAGACAUGCAUGUUGUACAUUAAAAUACAUCAUAAUGUGUAGAGUAUUUAAAUGUGAAUGUUAAUUUUGCUACUUUAAAAGUGUCAAUAAAAUGAAAAAAUGUUCCUAUAUCAUGGAAUUG